CUCAACUGCUUCCAGACGUGCCAAGCAUUCCACAGCUUCUGACCGCAACACAUCUGCUAAUCCAAAUUACUACACACUGCAUCGCGGUGUUUUACAGGCCCCCGGAGGCACAAGUUCUAUACCAAAAGGAUUGUAUGGCUUCAAAUUUGCUGUUAACCAAAGUUAUGAAAAUAUUUUGCUCGACCAAACUUUUUUUACAUUUCAAAGAGAAGAAUCAGGUGUCAGAAAAAAUGGAAUAACCCAACUUAUAAGCAGAUGGCGCCACCUUUUCAAAAAGUUGAAACGAAAACAAAGAAGAAGUGUUAAAGAAGUCAUCAAACCCAUAGAAGAUGUCGAUGUGGUGGUCGGACAGGAUGCUGUACUGAAGUGUGAAGUGGAUAAUCUUGGAAUCAACAAGGUCAGUUGGACGAAGCUGAAUACUAGAACUAUACUAGCAGUUAAUGAUCGGAUAACUGGUCAUAAUAACCGACUAUCAGCUUACCACAAAAACAGAAAACUCUGGAUGCUGAAAUUUAGAAACGCUCAACCUGAAGACGAGGGAUUUUACUUGUGUAGAAUUGAAACUAAGCCACCCGUUUCUGAGGUCGGGCAUAUAAAAGUUUUGGUUCCUCCGACUUUCCAGGACAAACACACAGGAGAGAUCACGGUUCAAGAAAAUAGCAACAUCGUUAUCAGCUGUAAAGCUCAAGGCAACCCUAACCCUACAGUGAAGUGGCACCGAGAAGAUUGCAGACCCUUCUUUAUUAAUAGUGAAACUGUUACGCAGUAUGUAAAGCAAGAACUCCAUUUUGAAAAGGUUCAUCGUUCUCACAUGGGUGCCUAUUUGUGUGUUGCCAGCAACGGAGUGCCACCAACCAUAAGCAGACGGACAUAUCUAAAAGUGACAUUCUCACCAACAAUAUAUGUACGUCACAACAUGGUGACAGCUCCACUUCGAAAAGACUUGGUGACGUUAGAAUGUCGUUCAGAAGCUUACCCACCAUCAACAAAUUAUUGGCUCAAGGACAACUACCUUCUAUCGAAGCUACCUAGAAAAUACGAGGAAGUUUUCGCUCGAAGUGCCACAAAAACUCAUAUGAAACUUCUUAUUAGACACGUUCAGAAAGACGACUACGGAAGUUACAGUUGUGUAGCUAGCAACAAAGAAGGAGAAGCUGAGGGUUCAGUAGAUUUUCACGAAAUUCCUGAGCAGGUCGAGAGUCCUAAUCACCUAAUGGAGGAUAUUACCAGUAGUUUCAAUAACUCGUGGGAUAUGUUUGAAGAAACUUCAAAUUACGCAACCUCUGCUCAAAACUUCCAUAAUGAAGACGAGCCUCACCACCAUUGGAAAUCCUCCCAGCAACCUGGCCCGACGUCGUCUGUGGAACGCGUUCAAAACGCAGGCUCGCCGGGCUCGAGAUCAAUCCCACUUUUCCAGCUGUUAUUUAGUUGGCUCUACCUACUCCAACGUGAACAUGUUCAACUGUAAUUACUGGAUAAAUAUCCUUAUCGACGAAUGCCGUAGCUGUGUUUCCUUUAAAUAUUUCUUACCUGUCAUAUAUACAGUGAUGGCUUUCUCUCUUAUCCAUUACUGCCUUUGUCAUCACCACUCUUUCAGCAUGUUCAACAUUCACUUUGAAUAUCAAUACAGAUGUAAUCGAUAAUUAUUGAACCAAGUUAAGUCACUGAGAACAUAAUCACUUUGGCAAGAAAGCAAAUAGAAACUGCAGGACUGAACUUGCUAAAGUAUAAAUAUAAUGGUCAUUAUAUUGUAUAUGAUGAAUUAUUUAUAAAUUUUUGCUUCCAUAAGCAGCACGAGUAUGUCAAACUACAAUGUUGAUUGUAUUUUGAUUUUAAUUUCUAUCGUCUGUGGAUUACGGAAAAACAAAUAUUAUUUUCUUACAUUUAAAAACGAUUUACACUAUAAGAAGGUAAAAUUGCUUUAAAAUGCCCUUUAAUUAACUCCAUUACUUUUACUUCAGUUAACUUUCGUCUUACUUGUAGCUUCUAACCUACUGAACAUUAACUGUUUAGAUUAUUAAUUGGUUUAAACUGAAAACAAGUGAAUGGAAAAUAUAUACGUAUGAAUAAUUUUAUCGUAUAAUGAACCGGUACUAGAGAUAUAAGCUUCAAAGCCAAAACCUCGUUGCUGUGUAUAGCAGCACUGCAUUUGUGUUUAUAAAUAAUUAUUCUCUCUUUUGUUGUGGACUGAUUAAGUAAUAGGUUGCAUUCUUCUGUGUCUGAGUAAAGUUGGAUUACAUUUAACGUCAGAGUAAUAUGGAAGGAAACAAAAUACUUUAUGUACCUUGAAAGAUAAUAUUUUUUUGUGCUUUUAUUUUCUUUUGGUCAAUAAGUGUCGAGGCUAUGUGAUGAAUAUAAGGUCAGGGUAAAGGAGGCAUAAGACUUUCUAGCGUUGUAUGUUAAUAUUCAUUAAGCUGACCUUCAAAGAACUAUAAAUGCUUUUGCUAAUCAAAUAUUACUAAAAGUUACUGAUAAUAUAUAAAUAGUUUUAUUGGUAUAUUUUGAAAUAUCUCUUAAACUACCAGACAGAACAAUCAAACAAGAAAAGAUAAGCUACCGGCAGUUAUCUUGAAAGUUAUAUUUAUUCUAUGAGCAUUUUAACACGGAAAAGUUGCUUUAUAACAUGAAGUCAACGGAUAAUUGUUCUAAAUGCUCACAAAUAUUUGUUUUAGACUAGAUACUUAAUCUUGAAAACUAAUCGGCUAAUGCACCUUACUAGCAUUUACACACUCAAGUCAGAAUGAUCACCAACAAUUUAGACUUUUCACAUAUUACUCAGCCUUAUUCAUAUACAUAUGUAUCAUUACUUGUAAUAUCAAUUUAAAAACUUUGGUUGUAUCUGUUAACAUGAACAUGAUAGGAUUGAUACAUUAUUUAAGGAACUACAUUUUUAACGUUUGAUUGUUGUUAUUUCAACUUUUAGAAACAUAAAAACAAUAUUAAAUGUAAUCAAAGCAAGUUAUUAACUAAAGAUUCACCAUCAAGUUACUGUCAAAACACUUUCAUGUAAAUGUCUAUAAGAUAUUUGUUUUACUUGUUGAUACGCUAACACUAAGAAAAGAAUAUAAUGAUGAAAUGGAGAGCUAAUAAGUCAGAUGGAAAUGUGAUUAUUGUCAUAAAUAUAUUGGAAAGUACUUGAUAUUGUUACAACUUCAAAUCCGGUCCUUUAAAACAAAAUCAAUAAACUACCUAAAAAUAAUCUGAAAAAUAGAUUGAAAACAUUAAUGCCUCGUUUACAUCUUAUAACAUUUUAUCCACAAAUAAAAUUGAAAAAUAACCACAGAACCAAAGAAAAAGGUUACUAGCUAUUUUCUAUUGUACGAAUUAAUCAAAAAGUCCCCCGUGGGUCAGCGGUAAUUUUACGGACUUACAGGCUGAAAUCCUGAGUUCAAUCCUCUGGGGUGGGCAUAGUGCGCUAAGAAAGCAUGACCAACAACAAAGUAAUUAAAAGUGAACAUUCCAUACAAAUGUGUGAACUAAACAAAAGCAUUUUUAAUGUUUACCUUUAUAAGGACGUUAAACCCACUAAACGAAAGCUUUUGGUUGAAUGAUUACCUUUAUAGGGAUGUAAAACCCAUUAAACGAAAGCGUUUAUUUGAAUGUUUACUUUUAUAAGGAUGUAAAACCCAUUAAACGAAAGCGUUUAUUUGAAUGUUUACUUUUAUAAGGACGUAAAACCCAUUAAACGAAAGCGUUUAUUUGAAUGUUUACUCUUAUAAGGACGUAAAAGUCCAGAUAUAAUGUUUAUUAAGAAGAUUUAACUAGUACAACACAUUGUUAAGUAGUAAAAACCUAAUGGCUGGGAAAAAUUGUCUUCAAGUUCUUUAUUAUUCUCUUUCCAGAAAAAAAAAACAUUUAAUAAUUCACUCACCAUUUCUAGUAGCUUAAAAAAUAAAUAAAUGGUUGGCCAUGAGAAUAUUAUACAGACUGAAUAUAACUCAAACUACUAAGUUGAUGAAUGUUUGCCGUAAUAGCAAAUAAAAUUAUUAUAUUGUUAUAAAAUACACAUCUUAGAAAAAAUUGAGUUUUUUUUUAUCGCAAAACUUUUAUUUUCGAAAUAAAUUGCGUUUCAUUAUGUCCAUUCCAUUUUCCAAACUAACAAAUUAGCAUGAUUAUAUAAUGCAAGCUUAUGUUACUGACAAACAAUCAUAUUUUGUGUCAGUAAAUCCACUGAACAGUAUUACUUUCAUGGCCAUCAAAUGGAAAAAUUUAAUCUACUUCUCAUAUAAUUGUUUAGGCAGACAUUAUCACCUCCAAAUAAUACCUUGUCUUAAACUGCGAGUAACUGAGGAAAUAAUCUUUCUUUCUGUGUUAAUUUUGAAAUCAGAUUAAUAUUAGGGUUUAUGAAUAUUAUAUUGAAACACAUUAUUUUUCCUUUACUAUAAAAACUUUGUCAAACUUUAAUUUCAAACAGAUCUCUUUCAUGUGAGACAUAUACUCCGCCAACUUUAAUUUCAUAUUUCGUUUAUUUCAUAAAGCUUUCUAUCACUACCUUAAUUUAAAAUAGAGAAUUUCAAUAUAUAAUAAAUUAUCACUAUUCAGGUCAUAUUUUGGUGCUGAAUAUAACCAUUACUUUUAUAUGCUCAAUUUCUGUCAAUUUCAACGUCCAUUUACUAAACAAGAAUCAAUUAUCGAUAUUUACUCUUGCAUCAUAUAUAAAGUACAUUAUUUGUAUCUACAGCUAAGACCUUAUAAUCCAUGGUGUAGGAGCAUGCAGUUCUUAUAUAUAUAUGUAGAUCUGUAUGUAUGUGUGAUGUUAAUUUUACAGAAAAAUAGUGGACCUGUUUUUAAAAUCAGUGUAUGUACUUGGAUCUAUUUUGAGAAUUAUAUUCAGUUAACUAACUUUUAUAACAUAAGCUAAUUACAUAAAAAAUGUAUUUACUUGUAAUAUAUAUAUAUUAUUGACAAUUACUAU